CUCGUCGUUGGCCGCAAUGAGCAGCGCCCUUCGCCUGUCAGGGGGUGAUGGAUGAGGUUUAGGGAUAGAAUUCAGAAGCCACCGACCGUGAUGGAGGUAAGGCUCACCGCCGCUCUACGCCGGCCACCCCUUUCAUUUCGCCUCUCCGUGCACAUGUGUGUGUGGCCUGUGUCACCUCUCAGGGUGGCGCAGCCGUGCGAUUCAUCGCAGAAGGCUGCAGCACCCGGCUUGGCGAGGAAGUCUUCGUGUGCGGCAGCGUGCCGGAAUUGGGGAACCUCAACGCCCUCCCGUUGGGCUGCCGCCAUCUUCCCACCACCGCGAAGAAGCUCCAGUGCGUCGAUUGGGGUCCACAGGGCGGCAGAUGGGAGUCCGACAGGAUCUCCAUCGCCAACAUCCCCGGCAGGAACAAGCCUGUAGAGUACAAGUAUGUGAUAUGCGACCGCAGCAACCCGCCCAAGAUUCUGCGCUGGGAGACGGAGUUCGGACAGCUCGGCCAGCACCGGGCGAUUGCCGUCGAGCCGGGCCAGAUCACGACACAGCAUGACAACUGGGGGGUGGUUCAGCCCAUCCGCACGACAUUUGAGCCCCUCACCGGCCACAAGCGCGGAGGUAGGUCUGCUGAGGAAGUGUGGUGCGUCAUGUCGUCAUGUGUGAGUGUGUGCACAUCAAUCAGGUGAUAGGAAGAGGCGUUUGAGCCAGCCCGACGAGGAAACAGAAGCCAACAAGAAGGUGUGUAUGUCAAGAUCAUCGCGCCACAGCAUCCAUCCAUGCCAUGCACAGCCUCUGUUCCAUGAACGAAUGGACCUGUUCUGGCAGGGGCGUUUUGGCGGUCACGUAGCUGUCGGGCCGGUCGACACAUCGAUGGAAGGGGUAAGUAAGGGUCAUUCACAUGGAGGGAUGCAAGUGAGGCAGCAUGUGCGUGUGUGUGCUCAUCGGUUGGUGUGUGUCGUUCUGUUCUGUGUCGGGUGGCAAUGCUUGAUCAGGUGUCUGCUGACGUUGUCGUUGACUCGAUGAACAAUGCCGAGGGCGGCGUUGACGAGGUGGGUGGGCACGUGGGCGGAAAACACAGACAGACAGACAGACGGCCAGAGACGCGCAUGUGUGUGUGUGCUGUCAGGGGGUUAGUGCGUUGGAGAGUGCGUUGGAGGAGUCGGCACAGCCCUCCGAUGAGCUGCAGGUCAGUAUGCAGCAAGCCCAUUGACACGCACAAGACGGAUGUGUUUCGUCUGUCUGUGUUUGGCUGCAGCUGAACGGUAGUGUUGGUGUUGGUGACCCUGCGCAGAUGCAACACCCGUCCAGUCUGCCGCCUCUGGUAAGUCUCCCAACCGCACAGACACCAACACACAAACGCGCUGGCUUCUCUCCCUCUCUCUCCCUCUCUCUCCCUCUCUCUGUUUGUGUGUGUGUGUGCUGUCAGGAUGCCAAGACGUCUGAGCAGCUUGCCAGCGUUGCCGAGGAGGCUGACCAGAAAACCACCGAUGAGCUGCAAGUCAGCGCAUGACUCUUGACACUCACAACACGAAACUGAUGCGUGAGCGUGUGUGCCUGUGAUGGAUGUGUGGCGUCUGUCGAUCUUUGGCAGCAGGUGGACAGUAGUGUUGGUGUUAGUGUUGGUGGUGAUGAGAAGGUGCAGCAGCAGUCGGCUCCGCCGACGCUGGUAGGUGUCCCAACCGCACAGACACCAACAUACAAACGCACAUCGUAUGUCUGUGUGAUGUGCGAAGGCCCUUUAGGUCGAUCAUUGGGUUAUGGCUGCGUCGCCGCCACCCGUGGGCACCCAGGCCAGAUUGAAAUACGUCAGCCACCACCCCCUCCCCCCUCCCCCGUCCCCUCCACACACACAGAGAGACGGACGUAUGGCACGCAUUGCAGAAAGACAUCCGUGUGCAUUGGAUUGGCCACAUGCCUGCAGGAUAACCUCAUUGAAUUCAUCAACCAUCGGCCCGCCCCCGAGCAGCGGCUCGCCCACGACACAAUCGACCGUCUCAACAAGGGCUCUUCUCACAAGGACUUCGACGAUAUCAACGCUCACAUCGAUAGCACAUUCUAUCACGUGAGUGAGGGACACCGCCUCCCUUGACCCCCACCACAUGCAGUGCAUGAUGUGUGUCAUACACAUAUGUAUGUCAUCAGAGCACUAAGAUGGGGGACGCUGAAUUUGAGAAUCACUUGUGGCCGAGCGAGGCGGAGAAGGGGCAGCUCGACGUCAAUCACCAGGCCUUCCAGGCUAGUCCCAACACCAGGCAGAAGGAGCGAAACAAGACGCGGGCGCAGUACGCAAAGAAGAUCAUGCACAAGGUGGGUAGCGACCUCAAGGCCUACAUGAGGGUGAUUAUGGAUCUCAGAGGCUUGAAUCGUAGGUAGACACAUACACACAUACACACAGAUGCCGCCUGCCUGGCUGCCUGGCAUGACGACAUGAUUGAUGUGGGUGGAUGGAAAGGGGCGUAAGGGUGUGCCUGUAUGUGAAGUGUGCAUCUACAGUGAGUGUGCCUGUGUAUAGUCCUCAUCAGUGCGCAACAUUGCGUUCGUGUGCGUGCGCCUGCUGGAUGGAUCGCCUUGUGUGCGUGUGCGGAGGUGGCGUGGGUGUUGCAUGUGUAUAUAUAAGGGACGAGAAUCAACG